AUGAAUGUGGCGAUCCAAAAUUUGAAGCUGGAGAUGAAUGAACGCUUCGCGGAGCAGGAGAAGAGUAUACGGCAGGUCUACGGCGAACUGAAGGAAGGUUUAGAUAGAAUUCAGCGAGCAGUUGUAGUGGGCAACAGCGUGGGCCCUGGAUUGGGGAAUUCGUCGAACUUCUUGGGAAACAUGGACCACGUCACACCGGUCUUUACGCGCUACGUUGCCGACGGUCAAGGCACAACAGGGGUUGGACGUCUCGUGGUGCCUUCCACACCGCCGAACGGGCGGCUGCAAUUGAUGCCGACGGAAUUGCGCAGCCACAGGGGCGACAGUGUACCGCAAGGCGAACGCGCCGAUUGGGGCACACUGACAGCGUCUAGCCUGCAUGAGGCCACGCCGGCGGUGUCACCGCAGAAGCAGUGGGCGAACGAGGAGCUGGCGCAGGACGAACAGAACCCGUCCGUAGACUACACCUGCUUCGAAACACUCGACAGGUUGGUAAAUGAAGAUGAAAUGAAUCAAGGCUCCAUGGGACAGAUGCUUUCCUUCUUGAACGAUGAUGAGGCGAAGCAGCAGCAACAGCAACAGAGUCUGAUCUUAUGCGGCGCGAAGCACGACAUUCAGAUCAAUGCAUUGGGGUCCGUACCAAACAAACACCUGACGACAAGUCUGCGUGUUGAGUACGUGAAUGGGCGUCCAAAAGCAGUGCCUAUAUUGGACGGUGCCCCUGACGAACCAGAGAAGCUGGGCAUCGACGUGCGCGCCCGGUGCAAGGUAUUGGUGGAGUUCAAGCGUAAACGUGUGCUGCAAUUCGAGUCAAAGGAAUACGUUCCACCCGGCAGCUAUGUGAUGGUCGGCGGCGAUCGCGGUGAGGACCUCGGGCUGGUAACAUACACGUGGUGCGAGACGACGAGGCUCGCCAAAGCCGCUGACGGCGGCGAUGCCAGCAACGGCAGCAAGCCCAGCGUGCUGGGCGUGUGUCUCUCCGGCAGUACCCACACGCGUAGCAUUGGCCUUGGGAUGGGAACGGUGGUGCGUUUAGCCGAUGAGUCAGAUGUCACGCAGCUGCAUACGGUUCAGGUGGAGCUUGAGCGGCGCGCCAUUGAUGUCUGCUCGCAGCGGGUCCUCGAGCGUGGGUUACCCAUGACCAUCGUGGACGCCGAGUACCAGUUUGACAAGAAGAAACUCACGUUCUUCUACGAGGCGCAACAGCGCAUGGACUUCCGCGAGCUCGUGCGGGACCUAUACAAGACGUUUCGUGCAAGGAUCUGGAUGGAGGUGGUGGAAAACUAA